AUGGAAGAAAUAUAUUAUACGCCUUUAAGUAACAAAAACUAUGAUACCUUGAUAGACCUGCAAGAAUGUAUAAAAGAAUGGAUUGAUAUGCUGAGGAUAUUUUUAUUAUUGAUUGCAAAAAAUGAAUUUAUAGAAAAGGAAAAGAUAUCGGAAAUAUUUAAUGGAGCUAGUGAUUGUAGUAAAGAGGCAAAUGAAUCAGGUAAACUAAAUAAACACCGUCUAUCAGGCAAGACGGUUAAAUCAGGCAAGACGGUUAAAUCAGAUGAAGCAGCUAAACCAAGUAAAUCAGAUGGAAAAUUGGAUACUAAUACAAUUAGUAAAAUAAUAGACAAUCUUGGAUCAAUAAAAGAUGAACAUGAGAAUAAUCAUAGUGAUAGUGAUGAUCUAGAUAAAAUAAUUAAUCGAUUGCUUGCAAUUAGAGAUCAUAUUAAUAAUAAUGAGCGAUACCUGUACCAAUUUAUAGAGUGUGUUAUUAGUCUUCAGAAAUUAAAGAAGAACCGCCCUGGCGUAUAUGAUGACGUAUAUGAUGAAGGAAAAAAAUUGUAUGAUGAAAGCAAAGAUAUUAUAUGCAGUAAUAUGAAGAAAAGUAUUUUAAGUAUUAGAGAGUUCAAAAUUUUCAAAGAAAUUGAGAACAAUAUUGAUGAACAAAUGAAUAGUAUUGGCAAUGGUAAUAAAAGUAUUGAAAUUAAAAAAGGAAAAGGUAAGAAACAAGGCAAUGGUGCCACUGCCGUAGUGAAUACAAUCACAGAUGAUGAAUAUAAGAACAUCAUAGAAAAUGUUGCGUUAAUCAUUUAUCAAAAGAUAUUUACUAAACUUGAUAAUAUUAAUGACGAACAGAUUGGUAAUAUUAAGGAAGAAAAUAAGAAGAUUAUAAAUGAACAGAUUAAUCCCAAUAUAUCAUAUUUUGAUGAUAUUAUAAAAGUUGGUAAUGAAGAUAAAAAUAGAAAUACUGUGCUGAUCAAAGCCAAUGUAAGAACUGGAAUGAUAUUUUAUAUACUAUUUGUACUAACAUGUGCUUAUAAAAUUAUUGUUGAUAAAGAGAUAGAAGAUAGACAAGCGUCACCUGCAGGUGAAGUAUUGGAAGCAAUAUCUGCAGCUUGA